AUGUCUAAAAGAACUCAUACAUUAGAUUCGUUUGUUAUUAAAACGCCAAAUGUUAUAUCGACAAUAGAGACAAAUCCAGCUUUCAAUCUGCAUGAAAAAGAAGUAACAAGUGCUACAUUAAAUAGCGGCGAAACCAACAUCAAUCAAGAUAUUACUACUAAUGCUGUUAAUCAUACUACCAACGAAAUAGCACCAUUGUCUGUUGGUUCUGAACUUAGUCCGAUAUCAAUACAAAAUGAUGAUUGUUCUUCCAAUUGUCCUGAUAAUCUCUUAGCAAUGUUCAAGUCAACUAAUAAUGCAAAAGAAUUUUAUGCACGUGAAACAUAUUUUUUUUCUGAUAAUAUAUUAAAACUUGUUACCGAUUUGAGAUCAUCUUGUGAAACAUUUUUGUUAGAUUGUGUGAACAGUCGUCCUGUCGUUAAUUCUUGUUCAAUACCCUGGUAA